GUGGCCCACCUGCAGGCGUACUGGAGGCCCUCGUAUAUUCGUAUGGACGCUUAUGCCCUCCCCUCCAAAGGAUAAGACCGCCGACACCUUCCUGUCGUCGUCUUGCUCAGUCCUCUUGUUCCUCACUUCUCUCCCCAACCGUCGACGACCGCCGCCGGCUCUUCUCCCUUGCCCAUCGCCGGCGCCCACUGGAGAUGAAGAGCACCGCAUCCUCAAGGUCGACCCAGAUUGGUGACCUCCCAAGGAUCGAGUGCCCUAGGUGCCACAUCAAGGUGAUUAGAACUAAGAGCAGGAAGGAUGAUGUGUACUACAAGUGCCCUAAUCAUUUCACGACGAACAAAAGCACUUGCCCAUACUACUGGUAUGAGCAACCCUAUCUAGAGUACUUGCGCUCCAAUCACCCUGAGUUGCUGAAUCCGGCUAGUGCAGCAGAAGUGGAAUCAGCUGCAGAAAUCGUUGCAGAAGAGGUCAAUGGCAACCUGAACCUCCAGAUAUAUCAGUUGAAGCUUGAGUUGAAUGAGAUGAAGGGCAAGCUUGGUGAAGUGAUGCUGGAGAUCCAAGAAACAAAGAAGGAGAUGAAGGAAACAAAGAACGAGAUCAAGGAAGAGAUUGCUAAAGGAAACAAGGCUGCACCAGUGUUUAGUUGUCAGAUUAGUUAG